AUGGCAUUUCCAUCUGUACUCAUCUUAUCUAUACUGUCAACCACUGCAGAUAUUAAGGGAACACAAGACAAUGCAUCCUGGCUAGGUGCAUGUAAUGCAAUCACAGGGUUAAUAGGAUUCUUUGUCCUCUCUCCUAUAAUGCAGAAAUUUGGGCGAAAAUCGACCAAUAUCCUUGUCAACAUUAUUGUCGCUGCAGGUUGGAUAACAUUUUCCUUUGCCACCAGCAUUACCACAUUAUUCAUUGGAAGAUUAAUUCACGGGAUCUGUUUCGGUGCUGUCCACAUUAAUGCUAUAAUGAUCAGUGAAUACACCGACGCAAAGAGAAGAGGUUAUUUCGGUGCCAUUAAGAAGUUUUCUGUAUCAUUAGGUGUUCUGUGCUGUCAUUCCUUAGCACUCUGUUGGACUUGGAAACAAAUAUCUAUAUUUGCUAUACUUCCAGCUUUAAUUGUCAUAAUUUUGACCUGGUUCUGGCCAGAAAGUCCCUCUUUUUUGGCAUUAAAGGGAAGAUUUGAAGAUUGCAAGGAAUCAUUCUAUUGGAUAAAUGGGAAUUCGGUGGAAAAAGAAAAUGAGUUGACUGUUUUGAUAGCAUCGCAAAGUCAGAGAAUAGAGAAAAAGAAACGGAAACAAGCAAAUGUAUUGAAUGUGUUAUUUCAAGCUUUAUCCCAAAGGAACUUUUUAAAUUCACUUAUUACAGCAACGGUGUUGACUUUAUCUAGUGAUGCAUCAGGCAUCUAUUUAACAUGGUCUAUACUAUUUAUUCUUUUCGUACAAAAUUUUAUAUCAAAUUUAGGACUGAUUCCAGUUAGUUAUAUUAUAAUUGGUGAAAUUUUCUCUUUGGAGCAUAGAGGAUUGGGAUCUUGUACUUCAGAAACUAAAGAUAAGACAUUGCAGACCAUAGAAGAUGAAAUAGGGCAAGUGAAAAGGACUCCAAUAGAAACAAGUGUAAUGUUGGACUGA